AUGGACAUAAUGGGCUACCAGGCCGCGACGGCUGAGAUGGAGCUAAAGGUGAAAAGGGCGUGGUAGGUCCUCCUGGUUCACGUGGUGAGAAGGGAGAAAGGGGACCAAGUGGAACAGACACCGAUCACAGAAACUGGAAACAGUGCGCGUGGAGGUACUACGACGGGCGUGACAUUGGACUGAUUAAGGUUUGUGGAUUCUAAAAUUAGUGCGAUGAACGGCUACAGUCAACUUUGGUUUGGUUAGAUGAUAAUUAUAAAUAGGAUGGAAGGUUCCUGUCCAUUGGCACCAUUACGGGAUGAAAAAGAUUCUUUUAAACAGACAUGUAAAUCAAUAAUUGAGUUUUAAUUUGUUCUUGCAGGAUUGUCAUUUCACUAAAACUAAGGAUGACACUGCCCUCCGGGUUGUUUACCAGGGAAACGUCUACUUGGGAGGGUGUGCUAACUGCUUUCAAUGGAGCGGAGUGCAGUGGUCCCCUGCCUAUUGACGCAGUGCUGUGGAUCCGAAAUAAAGACGAAGACAACCACAGACCUGGGUUCAUUGAGGGCUACUGUAACAACAUACACAAGGGCAAAAUCCGAGUUGGAAUCAAUAUUGGAAAUUGUGCAGGAUAUGGAAAUUCUGAUGGUAACACAGGCUGGAAUUCAUUUUCCCGUUUGAUCAUUGAAGAAGUUCCUCGCUCCCAGUAG